AUGAGAGAAGAAUAUGACGCUGCACAAGAAAUAGUGGAUGGAAUAUUAGAAGACUUAACUAGAGAUACAAUGAAAACUACGGAAAACAUAGAACACAACCGCGACUGGUUCAGAAACGACGAGGAUUUGAACAAAACUAACGUAAUCAGAACAACACAGGAAAACAUGACAUCAGCAAAACACACGAAAUUAAUAGAAUCAAUUAGUACAAACGAUAUACAUGAAAAACCAAAAGGAAUAAUAACUGAUAUGUGGGACAAACUGAGAACAUUUAAAGGAGAUACGACAGUAGAAUUAAGAAUUUGGCUACGCCGAUAUGAAUUGGCUUUGGAAAUGAAGCAUCCGGAUCAAUCUAGAAAAGCGAUGGAAUACAUGAAAUUAUAUUUUUUGGAAGAUUUUUUACAAGAUAAAGCGAAAAGAUUAUAUUGUACAGCAUUGGAUAAACCAGGACCAUUGUCAUAUGGACAGGUGGUCAGCUACAUUACCGAACGGUUGGAAGAACCAAUAAAUAAAAUAAGAGCGAAUAUGGAGCGUUUAAAGUUUUAUCGCGAGUCAACGUCUAUACAUCAACAUUUCACGGAUUUCUUAAAAAAAACAAUGGCCGCAGGAAAUAUGAUGGAAGAAGUACUUAUGGGGAAUAUUUCGGAACAGGAGGCUACGGAUAAUCCAAGAUUACGUGAUAAGAGAACGAUUCAAGGAUUGAUAAAACUGGAAUACCUCUAUACGUUGCCAAGACAUGUUGGACCAAAAUUGGAAAAAUCAUUGGAACAUAUGACAUUAAUGGAAAUUCAAGAAGAGGUGAUUGAAAUCUUACAAAAGGAGAAAGAACGAAGAAAUUAUGGUGUGAUCCAAGGAAGUAAUUUCUCAAAUGGUGCAAAGGAUGGAUAUCGACAACAUUCGCAUCCUCAACAGCCGUAUAAACAAGGAUUUAAAGGAGCAAGAGUAAAUAUGAUAGACCAAGGGGGACAGGAUAAUACUAGGGACGCGAAUUCGACUCAAGUAUCAGCACUUACAGAUGUACAAUUUGUAGGACCAGUAAUCCCUCACAUAUUUGCAACAUACUAA